ACCAAACACACACGAGUUUUGGCCGUGGUCGGCGUGCGCGUCUCCGGUGUCGCGGAUAUGUGCGCAGGGUGCACGGAGCCAAGCAUGGACGAAGAAGUCAACUUCUAAAUUUGUGUCCUGAAGAGGUCUGCGCGUAUAGUCUCUAGGAAACAUGGAGAAGGAUUUCCUAUCAACUCCUACAGCUGUCAGCACCCAGGGGUCAUGCCCUGUUGGGGAUGGACCCUCUCUUCCCCCUCCCGUACAGACCCCUCCUUCGCUCGGCUCCAAUAACCUCCCUGCUGCUCCCCCCUCUGACCCGGCCAGAGGAUCCUCUCAUUCCUCGCACACAACAGCUAAACCGAGGGAUUGCCCCCCAUCUGAAAAGGGGGACACGCCCUUGACUCCCGCUGUACCAUCUAAACCCGUUUCUGGGCCCUCCUCUCCUUCUCUGAACAAAACUCCACUUUUAACUGCUCCACACCGUAAAAUCCCCCAAAUGUCACCCCUUUCAAAGCUCACAUCGGCCUCCUUUACGUCUGCCUGUAACUCUCUGACAGACCCCCCUACACCUUGUUCCACUGCUUCCACUGAGGCCCCUGCAGCUUCAUCCGCCACCCCAGUGAAACUCAGCUUUGCCUCCAUGGCCAAGCGGCUGAUAAUACAAGAACGGCUUAGGAAAGCCGAGAGCUGUGACGACGACGAUGAUGAAGAGGAAGAUGAAGAGCCUGAAGAAGACUUGACCCUGGCGCAGAUAGAGGAGAAGGCCUCCGCCGGUGACGCCAGGGCCCAGACCCGGCUGGGUCAGCACUAUUUGAGUCUCGCUAAAGAGAAGGACACGGAGCUAAACGAUCGCCUGGCUGUUACCUGGCUGGUUAAAGCCGCUAAACAAGGAAGAAAGGGCGCCGCAGGCGCACUGCGGCGCUGCUGGAUCCAGAAAAAAGGAAUCACCGCAGAAAAUGAGGCUGAUGUGCGCAAGUUGUCAACAGAGAGUAGGUUUGAGCUGUCGGUACGCAAAGCAGCCAUGAUGAUGUACUGGAAACUCAACCCGGACAGGAAGAGGAAGGUGGCUGUGGCUGAGAUGCUGGAAAAUGUCAGCCAGGUCAAUGCGGUGCAAGGUGGCCCCGCAAGCCGGAUUCCAGGUCCAACCUCAGGCCAGACCCAGAAAGUACUGGAGAGCAUGGUCAGCAAUGAGUCCACUCAGUUGGUGGACCUGGACGACUUUGUUGAGAUGACUAAAAAGUACGCACAAGGUAUUGCUCCCCAAGCUGGCAGCCCGGUCACAGCCAACACCGAAAGUCCCAAACCGAGCGACAGCGGCACGGAGCACGAGGCUGAGCUGGUGCCGUCGGUAUACAAGAAUCCCUUCCAACGCUCUUGGAGUUUUGGCCGCGGUGGGAUGAUGCUGGACACGAGGCAGAACGGGGCCAUGAAGAAAGCUAUGGACAUGAAGUCACGCUUAACGGUGCUGCAGUACCCGCUGCAUGGCAUCGUGGAGAUGAAGGAGCACCUGGUGGACUGGGCGUCGCGGGCCGGCGUCCAGUGGCUGAGCACCGUCAUCCCCACGCAGCACGUCAACGCGCUCAUCUUCUUCUUCAUCAUCAGCAACCUCACGGUUGACCUUUUUGCAUUCGUCAUCCCCCUGCUCGUCUUCUACCUGUCCUUCGUCUCGAUGAUCAUCUGCACGCUGCGUGUCCUCCAGAGCAGCAAGACUUGGGAGAACUUCCGAGCCUUGACGUCUCUGCUGACCCGUUUUGAACCUGGCCUGGACGUGGAGCAGGCCGAGACCAACUUUGGGUGGAACAACCUGGAGCCGUACCUCUACUUCAUCCUGUCCGUUUUCUUCGUCAUCUUCUCCUUCCCUGUGGCGGAUAAGCGCUGGAUCCCCUGCUCUGAGCUCUCCACCGUGGCCAUCUUCUUCACUGCUGUCAGCUACAAAAGCCUCAGCCCCACGGCCGCGACCUAUGCAUCCCGAGCUAUGGUCAUAGAGGUUGCAUCAUCUCUGUGUUACCUGACCCAGUUCCUGCCGGAGCACAUGACGGUGCUCCGCUGCCUGGGCCGCACCUUCUCCACUCUGCCACUGGGGGAGUCGGUGGUGCUCAAGCUCAGCCUCCCCUGCCUGCUCUACGUGUAUCUCUUCUACCUGUUCUUCAGCAUGGCCAGGGUGCGCGGCUUCAGGGGAACUUACUGCUUCCUGGUUCCAUACCUUGUUUGCUUCAUGUGGUGCGAGUUCUCCGUGGUGCUCCUCAAGUGCUCCUCCGCUGUGGGUCUGAUGCGCACUUGCGUGGCCUAUUUCCUCCUUCUGUUUGCCCUGCCCAUUCUGGCUUUUGGACUUGCCGCCAUGCUCUUCAUCCAGCUCUUCAAGUGGUUCCUUGAGCUGGAGCUGACAAAGGUGAUCGUGACCCUGGUAGUCUGCGCCAUCCCCGUCACCCUGCGUCUGUGGACGCGCUUCAGCAUGUCCAUUCUGGAUGUGUUCCGCUCAAUGACGCACCGCGGCCCCGUCAAGCUCAUCUUACUUUGCAUCUCCAUGGUGAUCCUGUUCUUCUCUGUCUACGUGUACCACGCAGAGGGCCAGAAGGUGUACAAUUCCACCCUGACGUGGAGACAGUACAGCCAGGUGUGCGGGCCCCCUGCCUGGGAGACCAAAGGCAUGGCCCAGACCCAGCUGUUCUGCGGCCACCUGCACGGACACAGAGUCACCUGGGCGGGCCGCUUCAAGCACGUGCGCGUGGCCGAGACGGACAACGGGGCACAGUCGGUCAUCAACAUGCUGCCGGUGUUCAUGGGAGACUGGCUGCGCUGCCUGUACGGAGAGACGUAUCCCAAAUGCGAGCCAAAGAACGCAACUGUCGCAAACCUAACGGCGGCCAAAUCUGCGGCCGCUCCGGCGGCGGCGGCGGCGACCGGCGUGCGGCAGACACUACUCCGGACGCAAGAGGAGGAGGAGGAGAUGUGUCAGAUCAAGGCCCUGGCCAAACACUCGUGCCACAUCAAGCGCUUUGACAGCCACCGCUUCGAGGUGACCGUGGGCAUGUUACGGGACGGUGGUUACGAGGAUGCAAGCAGGGACGUAAUCCUAAUGGCCAGCCACGAGUUCAGGCAAGUGCUGCUGAACCUGAAUCCCGGCGAUAUGGUGGAGUUCAGCACCAAGCUGGAGGGCCGACUGGGAGCCAGAGCUCAGGCCUUCGAGCUGAAGGCGAUCCACUGUCUGGACUGUGCUUCGUCACUGACGGGAGGCAGGCAGGUGAAGAUUGAGAGGGACUGGAGACGCACCACGAUGAAGGCUCUGAAGUUCGCGUUUGAUUUUUUCUUUUCUCCCUUCCUGUCUGCCAAAAUCCCUGCGUGAAGCUGAAGCUUUGACGACUCACUUGGAUCAGGAAGCCGUGGCUGCGUUUUUCUUGUGAUGUGUUCAUUUAGCUAAUGUGAGUUAUGGUAAUGUUUACAAUUUGUGCCGACAUGGAUCUACUGUCAUACCUGCAAACCUGUCGCUUUUUGGCAACAUUUUCCGUAUUGAUCUUAAUCAGAUCAGUUUAGACUUCUGGUCACAACCAUCGAAAGUCUGUAGUCUUAAGGUUUCAUCAGACGACGUGGAUGUACACAACCCUCCGGUUCUUUUUUGUGUUUAUCCCCCCCUUUGUUACCUUUUUCACCCCCUAUGAGUUUAAGUUUGCAGGUAUGCACUCAUGUCUAUUUGUUGACAGCUCAGCUAGGUUUGAUGGAAUUAUUUUUCUUCUUGUACUGCAUGCGUUUACAAAGAUUGGUAAUAUUCCGAAAGCAGUUAAAAAAUUGUCAAAUACCUGCUUUCCCUUAAGACUUACUGUCACAAUCAGCUAAGAGAGUACAUGCUUUCAGAAAGUUGGUGAUGAUUUAAUAUCCAGUUUUUUAUGAAACAAGAUGGCAGGUAUUUAUGCAGGGAAACUUUUGUUGACCACUUCUGAAGCCUUAGGGACUUUAUAUAUUGUUAAGUCAUGUGUGACAUAUAUAAGUAUGUUUGCAUGUUUUUUGUUUACAUUAUUGGAUUUUUUUAAUAUGCGUCUGCCUAUUUAGGUUGUGUAAGAAUAUAAAAGCUGCAGUAAAAGGAGUUUUAUUUAAAGGGCCUCUGGUGCUUGGAAACACUACCCCUUUUGUCCACAGGGGCUGCCAAAAUCCACAAUGACAGUUCUUUGUCAUAGCUUCAAAUAACUUGGAGAUGUCAUCUUUAAUAAUGAUUUAAGAUACAUAAUCAGCUGAAUUCCUCAAGUAAAAGGAAAUAAAUGCAAAUUAAUUCCUAAAGUAAGUAUCUGGUGGUAUCCCCGACUGUAGACCUACCACUAUAAAAAAAUGAGCAGCAUCCAUUCCAUAGAAAUAGAAGCACAGGGUCAUGAAUAUUUGGUUUUGUUUCACAGAACAGAGUGCCUUCACUUUGCCCUGAUAUUAUGGUUAUUUAGUCCAGUUUAAAAAGACGAAUGAAAUGAAGAUUUUACACUUUGCUUUCAGUCACGGUAUAUUCAAAACUGAAUAUUUUAUAGGCGGUUAAGAGAAUGCACCUUCUUUAAAACGCAAUUAUUCAAAUUAAAUUAUCUGUUGAGAUGAGGUUUUCACGGGGCAGUAACAGCUUGUCAAACAGAUGAGAUAAUCCCUUAAGAAGACACAGCAAUGCAAGUGAACAGCAUUGAACUGCAACUCUUUGCUUACCGGUAAAUGACAAUCAUGAUGCUGUAGGCUGUGCACUUGAGUGCCUUCUGGGGUGGAGUUUAGGGCGCGUGCAAUGAUUAUUAAAGUGCUUGUUUUUCAAACUACACGCCAUCUUGGACACUUCUAUUGUGAUUCAUAGUCUGAAAGUCUUUUCCUGAAAAAACUAAUUAUGUCCCAUUAAAUAUAGACACACAGGCAUCAAAAGACACAUUUCUUUUAUCAGAUUAUUUUAUUAAUACACAUUCUUUUCAUUCACCUCGUUUGAGUUUUCUAUAUGGUUAGAUUUGUCUCUUUU